GUGGCUACAUUUUCAAUAAAUAUUUUCAGUGAUAAAGGCACUUGAAUUCAUAACAUAGCACAAUCUCGCGCAAAAUAGUAAAGAUAAUGUCAGACAGUGUCUAUUAUCAGAUUUAAACUACCGUGCUAUCAUUCUAAGCAGUUUUUAAGUUUUUAUUUUAUAUUUUUUUCCUUUCUAAUAAUCAUAAAAAAAGAAGGCGACAAACGAGAAAGAGAGAGACAGAGAAGAAAAAAAAAUUAGAAAAUGUUGAACUAUUUUGAAAAGAAUUUAUACAAAGAAUUGACUUUUGCAAUAACAUCAUUUACAUUAGCUUUUGGAAUUGUAUUAAAACACGAGGAUGAUGUUCGCGUACCAAUUAAAUUGGGGCUUUUUAUAAUGGUUCUUGGCUUCGUAUUUUUCAUUUCAAUGACAAAGCUAUUACACAAAAUUUUGCUAUGUUCAUCAUAUGGCCUCAAAUGGGUUAAGAAUUUGCGUCUAUCAAUAUCUGAUUGUCUUGAUAUUACAAAUAAGCUGAUUUCAGCAUUACAAGCUGUUUUAAGUUGCAUAUUUGGAUUCCUCAUAUGUGCGCAUUCAUGUCGUCGCAAUUUUCUCACAACAUCACACAUCUUUUCAGAAGCAUAUGCAUUUUUUGCAUCUGCAUAUUUUCUAUAUGAUAUAUGGUCUAUGUUUAUUGUCUAUGUAUCAAAAUAUUAUGAUAAUCUCAAAUUGAAAACUAUUAAUUGGACUGAAAAUAUGGAUCUUUAUAACAUGAUACCUGCUGUUGAAAAUGGAGAGCUGAAGAUUGUCGAAAGCUUCUCCAUACAAAAUCAAGAAAUCCCGAGCUUUUUAGAAUAUAUAAAGAGAAAUAAAUUAAUGAUAUUCCAUCACAUGUUCAUUGGCGGUUAUGGCCUAAUCGUAAUAUCAUCAUGGCGUGGUGGUCUGGGGGACUGCAUCUUUAGCUUUAUGUACAUGAUGGAAAUGUCAACGCCAUUUGUCAGCUUUAGAGCUGUGCUCAGCAUUUUAAAAAUGAAAGAGUCAAAAUUAUAUGUAAUCAAUGGAUUCCUCAUGAUCUUAUCGUUCUUGUGCUUCAGAAUUAUCAUGCUUCCAUUAUUGAUGUAUAAAUACAGUUUAGUCGUAUCCCUGUCGUUUUAUGAAGCGAUUACCAAGCUACCAUCGAUGUGCCAAUUAUCUAUACUUGCCCUAUUCUUACCUCAAAUCUAUUGGUUCAUCCUCAUGAUUAAAAUUGCUUUGAAGAUGAUCCGUCCAGCGCCGCAAAAAGUUGAAAUAAAUCAUAAUCAUCAUCAUCAUCAUGCGGAAUAAGAAGACAAUUAAAAGAGUUGGAUUCAAUUCGCAAAUUCUUUGGCAACUAAAUGUAGAAUAUUUUAGAUAAUAAAAUUAAAAUUAAUUAAUUAAAAACGGACGAUCCUGACGAAGAAGUCUCUACAACCAACUCUGAAGCCAUUUAUAAGUCUACGAUAACUGAACACGCACUAAUCUUUUAUCAUACCCCCCCCCCCCACCCACCCC